ACAGGCUGAAAAGCAAUUUGUAAAGGACUUGCUUCAUGGCUCAAAAUAUGCUUCAACAGUUACAUGCUCCGAGACAUUCAUUUUCUAAAUGUUUUCGAUGAACUCAUUGAUAGCCACGGUUCAAAGGAACCUCCAGGUGGGGCAUACGGAAGCUCACGUUCUAACAUGGACCGUCAAGUCCAAAAUAGCUGGACGACCACAUCAGAUUCGGGCACGUUCAAGACGAUAAACCAGAUUCAGACAGACCCGGUCCAAGAAGCCAUGGCUCUACCGCGUCAUCAGUUUCUCGAUGUAUCACGCUUGAGUCCUGUUCAGAUUCCGCAGGUCAGCACGUGUCCCUUUAGCGCUUCAGGUGGAAAGGAGAACACCAUCUAUUUUACGCUGGACGCGGCAGUGCAAGCCAGACAGACCUUUGAUUUCUCCGCCUUCAACAGACUCUUGACGGAUAUGGGGUCUUUGAACGUAACAGGUCCCAUUACAAACAUUCAUCCUCCAGAAGCGUCUUUACAUAAACUCUUGACACCAUAUACCGACACGGACGGUAAUCCGGACAGUUCGCCGCGUUCUUUCCUUUCUUACUCCCAACAUUUGCACAGUCUGGCUUUCUCCGCGCCUUCCGAAUAUGACAGUAAGCCUGUGACUCGUUAUUUAACGCUUCACGGAACAACACGACAUGACAGCUGCAUCGACAGGACCACACAGACCACAGUCAGUCAGACAAACGAAGACGACACAGUGCCCAAUAUUCUCCAAGCAGACUUUGCGAGGGGAGAUAAAACUCACAGAGAGAAGACGCAAGACACAACUUUAGAAAAGUGCGAGUGGCUGGCUGUCGACAAAAGCUGGGAGGAAGAAGCAAAAAAUGAAAUUCACAAAAAAUGAAUUUCUGUUCAACAUGUACCUGCCUCACGAGCGCCGCCUGGAGAUUAGCCGGAGCGUCAACCUCACCGACCGUCGAACUGUCAAAAGAAUCCAGGACAAGGGACCCUGACACCAGUUUCAGUCUCUGAUAUGUUCUGCAAAACGAUUAAAAGCUAACUGCUACUGCUAAUGGAUUAGACUUAAUAACGACGCUCGUCUUUGUCCAUUCAGUGUAAACUUAUCAUGUUCACACAGGUCCAGGAGUUCUUUAUUUAUUGACGUUUUGACCAAUUCGUUCACCCUUUGACCGAUUAUUUUUAAUACUUUUACAAAUGUCGAAAUGAUUUUUCCAUGUUAUGAGUUUUAUACAGUAUUGGUCGUCAUCACUCAGGGCAUAAUUUGUACGUAAUGUGACCUGCUUUAUAAUAAGCCACUUUUACCUGUUUAAGUUGUAUGCCCUCGAGGAUAAAGAAAUGUGUGUGCUUAUUGUGUUUAUAUGUUUUUAUGUCUAUUCCAGACCGUAACUGAGAUAUAAAUAAUAAAUAUUGAACAAGACUUUGCUGCAUGCAACUGAAAACAUGUUUCUGGGUCAAAGUCACUCAAAAUUAUGGAGCAGGUCACAUAUUUGCGCACAAUGGCGUAGGCGAAAUGGCAUAGAUUUUCUUCUAAAGUAUGCUGGAAUGUACUUAUCGGACUGUGAUACUUUAAUAUUUGUUGUUUAACAUGCAGUUUAUUUUAAAUAUAAUAUUGCUCUACGUGACCAUUAUAUUAUUUUGGGUUAUACUAAGCCUUUAUUCUCAGCGGUUAUACUGUCUGAAUUUCAAACAUGUCUAUAUUUGCAGUGAUUGAAUAGUAUGCUAAGCAUUUUCGUUGUAAUUUUUUACGAGUUUUGUGUUGGACCAUUAGGCCUACUUGGUCUUCUAAUUUUCAUAGAAGAAAUGAUGCAUCUUUCUUACAUAUAGAAGAAAAAAAGGAACUCCGGAAUAUUUUUUUAACAGUUGCAAAGAAACAAUUCCAAAGCUUUCCCACUGCUUGCAUACUAAUAUGCUAAUUAUGGGACAUACGACAUGAAAUAAUUUUAAAUUAGACAUUUAAUUUAGGGAAAAUGGCAAGUUGUUAAAAAAGAACAACAGGGCGUG